GGAACUUAACAGUGUGACAUUCAGCGGAAGUAAACAAUACUCUACAGUAAGCUGCAUCAUGUGUUGAAUUAUCUGGGAGACUUUAUAGUAGUCCUAGCGCAACCAGUUAUUUUAUUUGUAAUUAAGCAACAAUGUAUUCAGUUGAGUAUUUGAGAGAGUUUGUCAACGAGCGACUAACUGCUGCUGCUGAAGAAAUAUUCGGAGUUUUUAAAAAAACUAUCGUCGAGUACGAGGAAGAGAUCGAUCGUCAGCGCAGACUGCUGGAUAUCUUUUGGAAACCUGAAAUAAAGUUACACAGGAUAGAGCUCCCACAGCAACAUGUCUGUACGGAGGAGGAGGUUCUGGCUGACCAGCAGCUCUGUAUUCAGGAGAGGAACUCCAGUCUGGACCAUGAGGACCCAGAGCCUCCACAGAUUAAAGAGGAACAGGAGGAACUCUGCACCAGUCAGGAGGGAGAGCAGCUUGUACUGAAGCAGGAGGCUGAUGCCUUUAUGUUGACUCCUACUGAUGAGGAAAGUGACCACAGUGAACCAGAACCAAACAGGGACCAGCAGCUCCUCUCUCACAACUCUCAUGCAGCUGAGAACCAAGAUCAGAAAGGAGGCAGGCAUGGAGACUCGGGAUCAACUAGAGAUGCAGAACCAAAUAAUCAACAUCACAAAAGUGAAAGUCAUAGUAACAAUGUAUACAACUCUACCAUGUCAAUGAUUCCCAUUAACACUCUCAAAAAGUCUUUAAAAUGUGACACAUGUGGAAAAGAUUUUAAGCAUAAGUCAAGAUUGCAGACACACCUGAGAAGCCACACAGGUGAGAAGCCAUAUUCUUGCAAAACGUGUGGGGUAGCUUUCGGCUAUAGUGGUCAUUUGAUAGUCCACAUGAGAAGAGCUCACAGUUGUGAGAAGCCAUACCAUUGCAACACCUGUGGGAAAAGAUUUCCUAUCAGGUCAAGCUUGAAAGACCACAUAAGAAUCCACACAGGUGAGAAGCCGUACCUAUGCAACACCUGUGGGAAAAGAUUUUGUCAAGCAUCGGCAUUGAACACUCAUACAAGAAUCCAUACUGGUGAGAAGCCAUAUUCAUGCAAAACAUGUGGGAAAGAUUUCAGAUUUAGCGGUGCCUUGACAGGCCACAUGAGAAGCCACACAGGUGAGAAGCCGUACCUUUGCAAGAUCUGUGGGAAAAGAUUUGUUCAUGCGUCUCAUUUGACAAGGCAUAUAAAACUGCAUUCAGACAAGUAGCCUUGUAUUUGCAAAAUAUGUGGGAGACGAUUCAGUUCUAGUGGUUUGUGGUCAAUACACAAAAUAACUCAGAAGCGAGGAGCCACAAAACUGCAGCACUUGUGGGAAAAGUUUUACUCAAAUCACAUAGUUGAAAAAACACCUGAAAAUCAAUAUACACAGGAGAAACCAUCGAGCUGAAACUCCUGUGGAGACGUGUUCACCUACUGAAUAAAAUACAUUUUUGAAAUAGCUCCAUCUCUGUAACUGAAUGUAAAAUGUUUUACAUAAAAUGAGCUAGUAAAGUAGUAGUAAAGUAAGUGGAGUAAUGGUGUCCUGAGCAGAGCAUGACAUCACACUUUCUGUGUGUGUUAUAAUCCGAGCUUCUCUGUUCUUUGUUUUGGUAGCCGAUCAGGCUGCGUGUGCAUGUGAAACUGUUGGCUUUGAGGAGAGCGAUAUAAUGGCUGUUUGUUUUCUCAUCUAAGGCCGUGAAUUAAGGGUUUAUUUCAACUAAACCAGAGUUGGUGAUUGUUGAACAAUGGAAAGACAGUUUUGGUGAGUUUUUUUUUGUUUCUGUACAGUUUGAAUGAAGUGUGUUUUACGAUGAUCUGCGAGGUAAAAUUACUGUUUUUCUCAAUGGAGUCUGGUGGGCCGUAGCACCAAAUUAUUUUGGUCUGAGAUGCUGGUUCUCUAGUGCAACAUUUAGUGGCAAUGAAUGUUACAUAAAGAACCUUCACAGUUUAACAAGAACUUAAUAUCUUUGUACCUCAAGUAGUAUUUGAUAGUUCUAUAUGAAGCCUCCUACACAUCUUUGCAAGAAGUCAGAUUUUACCUUUGAGUGUUACUGACAUCACUGUUUUAUAUUACCAUAUAAGAACUAAAUGUGAACGUGCCUUCUUUUUUGCUAUGUUUAUACACUACCUCACUUAUGUGUUUGACUGAUAGUUGUUUUUUGUAUGAUGACAUAUGAUAACCAUACUUACUAUGCUUUUGUAUUCUUAUGAUGAUUCCACAUCAACUUUUAUACAUUUUAUUAUCUUUUAUAAGUUUGUGUAACUGUGGUACCGUGUCUGUGUUUUUCACCUAAUUAAUUAAGUAUGUAUGGAUGGACCUGAAGGUUCCCCUGGUUAGCUGGAGGAAGACCAGAAGAAGAACAUUUGGUAUCACUUAUACAAUGUUUUUCACUACGGACAAAGAAUGUAGUGCAGCCACGUGGAGUUACUUGACUCCAUACUAUAUAAGCUGGGUCUUCCUUAUCUCAGGGCAGAUUCUGGGUGGUACUUUGGUUCUACUCCGGGUCUGAACAUGCAUGUAAAUAAACCAGCUUUAACUAAGAA